CUGCUAGCACGUGACUAUCCCGGAAGUGAUUCGUCCAAUCCCGUUCGUCAGCUUCCAGCUGGUAAAUCCCUGACCUUUCUCGUGUCUCGUGACGUCUCUGUCGUGGGACACGCGCGUGGGGCUGAGCCGCGGUCACGGAGCCUGCGCACGCGCACCAUGAGCACGCUGGUGACCAAAAUAGAGCCUAAAUGGAUGAGAUUAACCUUCAGACAGCCGUGGGCGUCCGUUAUGGCCUCCUCCCAGGUCCGGAUGUGCACGCUCCCUCCAGAACCUCCAAAACCUCCAGAACCUCCAGAACCCGUGAUCGCCUCCAAAAAGCCCUUUAAGGUGGACGUGGUGGGGGGGAAGCGGUACUCCUGGUGCAGCUGUGGACACAGCCGGAAGCAGCCAUUUUGUGACGGGGCCCACCGGUCUCAGGCCCCCGGUUUGUCUCCUCUACGCUUCGUCCCGGAGCGGGACGCCACUCUGUGGCUGUGCGGCUGCAAACGCACCCGCACCCCCCCCCACUGCGACGGCUCGCACAAGCUGGACCUCGUGGUGUCGGCCGCCCUGCACCGGCCGGCCGAGGACGCCUGAGCCGUCGUCACGGCAACGGCGAAAGAAAUACGACAUAAAAUGAUCUGUGUGUGUGACUAUUUGUAAAUGUUUUUAUGGUCAAAAAUUGCAUAUUUCCUGUUCAAAUACGAGGCUGAAACUCUAAUCUAGUCACAAACCGGGUGGUUCAUGCACUCGGCGCCCGUCGGCGUAUCGCUGCAUGUUGCCAAUUUAAUGUUAGCAUCUCCGUUUCUAUUGGGGACGUCCUGAUCCCGGCCUAUCAGAACAUGUCCUAAAGUCUAAAGUUAUUUAUC